AUGCAAAGGGCGAUAAUCGUGCGAAAAGCAGCAGCCUCAGUUGAAACCCCAAGUGGAGCCUCCGAUUUUAUUGACUUUAAAAAUUUUCACCGUCUAAAUUCAACUGGUACAGAACUCGCUGCUGCCAUGGUGAUGGCUCCGAGAAGUUGGGGGCCGAAACCCCCGCAGCCAUGCUGGCAGCAUCUAAAAGAGCCGGGUCCAUUGGACAUGAAACUGUGGUUGCACAUAUCUAUUAGGGGAAGCAACAUGGGGACAUCAACGGGGGUCCCAUCUGCAUGUUUGCUGCCGUAUAAACGAAAUGCUCUUGAUGAAACAGCAGACAUUGCCCACCCGAGUGCUGACGCAUCAAUAUCUUGUCCUCCAAAAGGGUGGUCAUCCAGUUUUACAUUUUCCAGUUCCCUUUUCAUCAAUUUAUCAAAUUCAAGAAGAAAACGGCAUCUCUUGUUUACCUUGACGAAAAUAUGA